CUCAAAAGCAUAUUGAUCCAAUUCAACAAUGGCAAAGCUCAUGAUAAUACUCGCCUGUUCUUUCUUAGCAUCUCUUCCAUUCGAUGCGUUUUAUGGUCAUUGGGAACUCUUUUUGGGGACCCAACUCAAACACAUAAGUAAGUUCAGUUCGGUAGGUUCGAAAGGGAUUGCUUUAGAUCCACCGGUCACAACCAUAAACGCCGACAACUUUGGAGCAAUCGGUGAUGGCAAAACCGAUGAUACGGUGGCUUUUCAAAAGGCUUGGGAAGCAGCAUGUUCGUUAUCUACUCCAACCCCAGUCAAUUUGCAAGUAUCCAUGAUGAAGAACUAUCUUUUGAAACCAGUUUCAUUUUUGGGGCCAUGCAAAUCACCUAUUACAGUUCAGAUCAACGGAAAUAUUGAAGCUUCUGAUAAUCACGACGACUACAAAAAUGAUCUGAAGCAUUGGCUUAAGUUUGAGAGUGUCCAAAAUUUGACUAUUGAAGGGGGUGGAACUUUUAAUGGGAACGGGAAAACAUGGUGGGAGAACUCUUGUAAAAUAAAUAAAAGUCUCCCAUGCACGGAUGCGCCCACGGCUGUGACCUUUUACAAGUGUGAAAGUUUGUUGGUGAAAAACAUUAACAUUCAAAAUGCACAAAAGAUGCAAGUCUCGUUCGACAAUUGCAACAAUGUUAAUGUCUCCGAUGUUGUUGUGACGGCGCCGGAGGACAGCCCCAACACCGACGGUAUCCAUGUCACCGGCACAAAAAACAUUCACAUAUCCAGCUGCGUCAUCGGAACCGGUGAUGAUUGUAUUUCGAUUGUGAGUGGCUCCCAAAACGUUGGAGCAACAAAUAUUACUUGUGGGCCAGGGCAUGGAAUCAGCAUUGGAAGCUUAGGAGCUGAUAAUUCGGAAGCUUUUGUGUCUGACAUUGUUGUGAACGGGGCAAACCUCACUCGCACUACAAAUGGAGUCAGGAUCAAGACAUGGGCGGGAGGAUCUGGAAGUGCGCAAAACAUCACAUUUGAGAAUAUAGAUAUGCAUGACGUGGAGAACCCCAUUAUUAUCAACCAAAACUAUUGCGAUCUGAAGGAUAAGCCAUGCAGCACCCAGCCGGCGUCGACGGCGGUGGAAGUGAAAGAAGUGAGGUACGAGAACAUAUCCGGAAGUAGCGGGACGGAGGUGGCGGUGGUGUUCAACUGUAGCAUGCCGCAUCCCUGCCAAGGAAUUGUUAUGCGGAACGUCAGCCUGGUGGGGGAAGGUGGCGCUCCCGCCAAAGCUCAAUGCAACAAUGUCAAUUUCGGCAAUAAUAUCGCCGCCGAUCACGUCUCGCCGCUGUGCGCCGCCCCGCCCACCGCCCACCCCACUGAUCUCAUUAUUACUCAGUUUGUUCACCAUCCACACCCCAGCUCAGAUUAUUAAUUAAGAUUGAAUAUCAGUAGCUAGCUAGCUUAAUUAAUUAUUACUCCGCAGUUUAAUUAGUUUGGCUUAUGGGAAUUAUUAUUUUUUAUAUACGGAUCGGAGUAUAUUACUUGUAUUUUCU